AUGACUGAUGAUCAGAACAAUAUUAAUCUCGUAACAAAUAUAAAUAAUCCAACGACUCCGAUUCACCAUUAUUUUGUAUUUUCGUUAAUCUCGUCAAUCUUCUUGUGUUCGGCAUCUGGUAUUGUUGCAUUGGCAUAUAGUUUGAAAUCAUCAGCUAAAGCUGAUGCCAAAUUUUCAGAUAAAGCACGCCUUUAUUCACGUCGUGCUAAAAUAUGGAAUUAA